CAUUUACAACACGAAAUCCGCACAGGUGGCAAUUAGUAAGAGCGGUAAAUAAUAUGGGGCUGCUGUGACGACUGCGUUGAUAACUUAAUACCUGAAAGGGCACAGCGUCGACUUGGCAGCGGCUUAAACGCUUUAGCUCUGUGGGCUCUCGCCUAUAUUCGCGGACCUGCAUCCCAUCCGUGGAGUGCCGGCUCAGCACUCAAGACAAAUAGGCCAGGCGGGCACAACACCUGGCGGAACUGCAAGUCAUAAUUUGCACUUUAAUGAAAGCGGCGGCGGCGCAACAUUCGAACAGCAAGAUGCUGAACGAGGACGAGGACAUGCAGACCGGGAGCAGCGACGAUAACGAGGAGGAUAGGAUCAGCAGCGACGUGAAGCUCGACUGGAAACCCUUCAACGCCGGUGUCGCCCAUCAGCUGGCGGCGGCCGGACCAGUUGGUGUGGCGGCAGCAGCGGCCAUUGCCAGCAGCUCAAGGAGGCGCAAUCGGGCGCACUACUUCGAGGUGAAUCCGGCGGUGCGCAAGCGCACGCAGAAUCAGCUGCUGCGCAAGCUGCGUGCCGUCAUCGACGAGUUCUCGGUACGUGUCGGCAAGCAGGCGGUGGUGCUGGUGGCGCAGCCUGGUAAGCCCAACGGCAUCUACGAGGUGUUCGGCGCCAAUCCACUGAAGGAUGUGCUACUCAGCCUGAAUAACAUCGUUUUGAACGAGCUGGACCAUGCGCUGGACCAGCAGGCGCCGCCGCCGCCCCAGCACGAUCCGUCGCUGUUCACGCUGCCCGGCCUCGUGAUCAAUGGUAUGCCGACGCCCGUCGAGAUGAUGACUCUGGCCCAGCUGCGGACCUUCAUCCCACUGAUGCUCAAAUACUCGACGGGACGGAGACUGCCCGGCUGGGGACGUCAGUCGACGCGUCCACCCUGGUGGCCCAGGGAGGUGGCGUGGGCCAAUGUGCGGUUGGACGCCCGCUCCGUGGAAGAAAAGCAAAGUGGGAUCAGCUACUCGAACGUGCUGCGAAAGAUCGUAAUCAGCUGCUACAAAUAUCACGGACGAGAGGACCUGCUGCCGAGCUUUGAUGAUCUCGAUGACGUUCUCAAGCUGAACGAUUCGAUCGCGCAAGCGAGCAACGAGGACAUGGAGCUAUCCGGACGGAAGGACCUGCUGCCAACCGUUGCUGCCGACAAUGACAAAUUGAUAUCUUUGAUGCCACAAUCGGGCGAGCAGGACGAGGACAUGGAGCAAUCGAGCAAUCCAGCCCACCAUUCACCAUUCACGACAAUGAAGCCAUCCACCGUUAAGGGAACAGCAACAUGUUAUUAAAAGUUGGAAGAUAAAUGAAGAAGCUAUUAAAUCUAAGACUACUCUACAAAUGUGUAUAACCAAGGAAGAAUUAAACGAAGAACAAUGAAUUGUAUGUAUG